AUGGCAACUAAUGAAGAGAUUCAUAAGAUCGAUACAGCACAAUUAUUGUUAAUAUUAAAUAAUGAAGAAGAGUUAAUUAUUAAACCUCGAAAUUUUGCGGAUGAUUAUGACAUCGGAGGAGUAGAAUGUGGAAGAGUCGUAUCGCGAGUAAAUAAAACUUUAUUUGAUUAUCGAAUUGGCGACAAAGCAGUUUCGUCCAGACUACCUUCCAUAUUUAACCGAAGAAUUGUGUUAUUAAAUCCCAUAACCAAAGAAGUAGUGAUCGAAUUCUAUCAUAAGCGUCUUCCUCUCUUAUUCAAAGCAUGUUAUAAACAAGAAAUAAGAUGCUUAACAGGAGAAAUAAACGGAACACAAUCAAUAGGAUCUAUUCAGAAAAGAUUAGUGUUUGGAAAAAUAUGGUAUGAUGUAUAUGAUGGUGUACGUGAACAUAUCGCUAGUUUAGCAUUACGUAAAAGUCAUAUAAGAAGUAAGAUUCAGCAUCGUGUACCUGAAGUUUCGAUAUUCGAUACGGAUGAAACAAAAAAUAUUGGACAUAUUUAUCCAUUUUCGACUGAUCUGGAAAGGUCAGAAUAUGGAAAUGCUGUAGCUAUGAAAAUUCCACACAAUUUGCCGGUGGAAACAAAAGCAAUUUUACUAAUUGCUACACUUAUGAUUAAAUCACGAGUGAAUUGA